AUGGCUGCAAAGAAGGUCCUCAUCGUCAUGUCUGACGCCCACUCUUUCCCUCUGUACAACACCGGCAGUGAAGGCAAGACCGUAAGCCAGGACUCAGGCUACUUCCUGAUGGAGCUCGCGAAGCCACUUCAGAAGAUCCUCGACGCCGGUUACGAAGUCACAUUUGCCUCGCCCAAGGGCAAGGAGCCUCAGCCAGACCCGCUCAGCACAUCCCUCCUCACAUACGCGGGCAAUGUGUACGAGCGUGGACGUCAACAGGAUCUCAUCGAGCGCAUGAAGCGCGAGAACGGGUUCUCGAGUCCGCGCAAGUUCUCGGAUAUCAGCGACGAUGAGCUGAAGAGUUACAGCGGUAUCUUCAUUCCUGGCGGUCACGCACCAUUGUCAGACCUUGGUGACAACCCCGAGCUUGGUCGCAUUCUGUCACACUUCCAUCAGCAGCAGAAGCCUACAGCGGCCCUGUGUCACGGGCCGUGGGCAUUUCUGUCAACCAAGGUUGGGCCGCAGAAGGAGUUCGCGUACAAGGGAUACAAGCUGACGUCAUGGUCUGAUGCUGAGGAGAAGUUCAUGGAGACGAUGCUAAGGGGAGAGAUUACGAAGGUUGAGGGUACGCUGCGGGAGAACGGCGCGGAUAUGCAGGAAGGUGUUGCGAAGAGUAUGGGAAGCAUCACAGUCGAUCGUGAGGUUGUCACUGGCGACAACCCGAUGGCUGCGAAUGCGAUUGGUGACAAGUUCCUGGAGAUGAUGGCUGGAAAAUAG